UAUAAAAGCCUUUACUACAUUAAAUACCAAAAUAAAAGUAAUCUGAAAAUGUUCGUUCCUUAUCUGUUAUUCGCUGCCGUUGCUGGUGUUAUUGCACAACCCCCUCAUCCUCCUCAUGGUAUCUUCCCCGCAAUCUUCCAAAAAUUAUCAAACGGAACCAUCGAGGAUUGCAGAACGUCUUCUGGAGUGGAAGAAUCCGAUUUUAAGGCAGUCAAAUUCGGUGCAGGCGGAAAGCCAAACGAAAAAAUUAUGUGUUUCUCGAAAUGUCUUCAAGAAAAAGCGGGAAUUCUGGGCGAGGAUGGCACAAUAAACGUGGACGUCAUAAAGCAGAUGCCCAAGCCUCCAUAUAUGACCGAUGAGUUAGUAACUAAGAUAGAGGAGUGCCUCAUGGGCAUCGGAAAGAUCGAGAAAUGUGCUGAUAUAGAGAAAAUGGAUGAAUGCAUGAUGAAGAAAAAUUGAAAAUAAUUAUUAUCUUUAAUUGAAUUGUUAUGAUAAUUAUAAUUAUUACUAUAA